GAUGCGCAUCCAAGCCUCCACUGAUUUAUUUUUCAUCAUUUUCCAAGAAAUCAUCAAGUCCAUCUUUUCUACUGGAUCUGAGAUGACUUUUUAUCAUUAUGGAUGGAAAUGAUGGAAACAAAUUAAGAUUCCGUGAGAUUUUCCUUGUCAUAACAGGAUUUCUGUAAGUGUGGAGUAAAUCACUUGGAUGUCUGGUGAGUGUCAGAGCGCAUGGGAAGCGCACUGUGUGGGACUGUUGGUGUGUGAGUGACUCUAUCCCAGCCAUCCCAGCCUGCACAGUAACCUCAGAAACACCCACGGUCCCGGAGGAGGAUGCCUUCCCUGCACCACGGAGCUAUCCUCAUCGGAGCCUUCCUCAUUGUGACCGGGGGAUCCACAGCCUUCCUGGCCUCGUCCCAGAGCCGCCUGCAGGCUUUCUCCCUCUGCUGCGUGGUGCUGGGGGUGGUCAUGCUCAUCCUGGGGCUUUUCUGGGCAGUGAACAGUGCCGUAAACUACAACCACCGGGAGUUCGACCCAGAGUGCCCACAUUAUCCAUAUGACAACCCCAACUUUGGCAGCCAUCCCCUCUUCACACCCCCAGGGAGCCGCUUCCCAGAGUCCCAGUCAGUGUUUCUGCCCAGGACGAUGGAACACCAAAGGCAUGGAACUCGUGGCGAGGAGUUCGACUACCCUCCGAUGGACUCUGGUGGUUUCAGUCCAACGCCUCACCCUCCUCCUUGGCUGGGACCCCCGCCUCCCUAUGAGGUUGCCAUCAAGACCACGUGCAGCUCCACACACCUGCGGCGUGCGUACUCAGACACGCACCUGGCGACAGAGCUGCUGUCUGGACGCUCAAGAGAGAUCAGCUUUGAGGUGUGACGCUGGAUGACGUGGACGCCACACCACUCUGUUCAUCAGAACAAAAAGAUGAAUGAACCAGAGACUGAGAUCACUCAGACUGUAUGGAAACUGUAUUUUGACAGCAACAAAC